UCAAACGGUAACCUUUUGCGUUAGCAAUGUAUAAGUAUUGCAUGCCCUUGUUUUUCAUGGCAUCUCUCUCUCUCACAGACGCGCGGGACAAAUUUGUGAAGAACCGCAUGCGAUCAGAGGAAGCCGACGAAGAUCAUAAGCCUGAAAGGGACGCAAAUAUGGGUGGAAUUUAUUUUUCAAAAGCUUUGAUACGCGUGCCGAGAAGUAACGGAUGGAAACCUAUGUGCUUAUAUAAAUCAUAAAAGUUAGCCGUUGCUAUAAUGACAGAGAGGGGGUUCAUCACGAGUUUUUGAAGGAGAAUGGGAUUAGUUUGCAUGCGGGGUGAAAGGACAUAAUAUUUCUGUUUAUGUUAAUGCUAUGUGAAUGGAGACAAAAGAAAAUGGUGAAAAUCAAGAAAACUGGUGGUCGGCACCAGGGUCGCCAAUUCAUGUGUUACAGAAAGUCCCCAAGGAGGCAGUUAAAAAGACUAGUGAGUCAUUGCAGAAUUCAAACUCAGGUAUUCCAGUUGAGAAUACUCUGAAGGUGGUGCAGCCACUGAGGCAUAGGCGUAUCCAUAGUGACAUAGCGACUUCGUUUCAUAGGCGUGGAAGUAGCACUAAUAAUUUUCACAAAUGGAAGUCUCAGAUGCAAAAGGCUUUGCAGUGGGGUGGCAGUAAUUUUAGUGAAGAUAGCCAUAGCCAGUGUUCAUCUUUUGAUCCUGAGAUCCUGGCAAAUCAGAAAAGGCAGUGGUAUCAGCUUCAAUCAAAAUCAUCGGACCCUUAUAAAUUUAAAGAGCCGACCUCACUUUUUGAACACUUUAUUAUUGCGGGGCUCCGUCCAGAUGCCAGUCCCGAAGUAUUUGAUGUUGUAUCUGCCCGGAAGAAAACAUGGGAGGAAGGGAUGGCAAGAAGUGGAAUGUUAGAUCUCGACAUUAGACAGUUUGAGCAGCCUCCAUUGCCAACACUCGAGCCUCAGGUACUCUUUAAGUAUCCUUCUGGAGAAAAGUUGGGUUUGCAGUUGAAGGAUCUAGCUGCAUUUUGCUUUCCUGGAGGUGUUAAGGCACACAUAAUGGAGAGGACGCAAUCGUCAAGUGAGUUGAAUAAACUGCUGUAUGGACAGGAACACUUGCACAGAGAUGAUUUGUCAUUUAUUUUUUCACUUAAGGUAGCGGACAAUGCAACACUUUAUGGUGUUUGCUUGCACGUACAAGAGUUCGUGCAGAAACCACCUGUCAGUUGUCGGGUUUCUUCACCGCUUUCGCAAAAACAUUCUGGCUACAGUAGAUUUGUGGCUUCUGCGACUCGUUGCUAUUGUCUCUUAACCAGACUACCUUUCUUUGAGUUACACUAUGAGAUGUUGAAUAGCAUCAUUGCACAGGAACAUCUGAAUCGGAUUACGCAGUUUGUUAAUGAAACGGCUCUUGCUGAUUAUGUCCCUUCUCAAUCAAUGCCAAAAAAUCAUGUCAAUGGAACUAUUGACUCUCCUUAUGGGGAAAGUGACACAGACUGGAUGGUUUCAGAAAUACCUGUUAAUGGUUCAGUGGCUCUAACUUCUGCUGCAACAGGUGUUAUGUCUGAUGAGGAGAUACCAUCAUCAAUCUGGGAACCCUUUUCUCCUGUGAGUGCUACUAUCAGUGAUGCAUCAGAUCGCAGUCAAAUGAGGGAAUUGGAUAAGGAUGGUAGCACGAAUAUGCAUGCUUUUGAUGACUACAUCUCUGAAAAUUCUGAAAAGCGAUCAAAUAGUUUGGACCAGACAAAGAGGAUUCAAAAUAAUGGCGAUACUUCAGAUGUCGGCCCUUGUAUCAUAGCUAGGAACUCGUCAGUGGAAACUCUCCGAAGUUUUGAGAACUCAUUUCGUUCAGCUAGAAGUAUGACAUCAGAGGAGGAAGAUGACGACUUCUUCUAUAACCAUGAUAAAGAUCCCAGUGAUGAGAUAGGAGUGGAAUGGUCAAGGGAGAACAAAGCUGAUUUAUUACAGAUUGUUUGUGGUUAUCAUUCUACGUCUCUUCCUGCAAGGGGAAGCAAAAUAAUUUUUCAGCCACUAGAGCAUUUGCAGCCCAUUGAGUAUCAACGUCCUCCGGUCUGUGCCCUUGGAUUGUGCGACGAGUUUCUUGACCUUGAACUGAAAGAUCCAAAGGAAGUCUCUCAGGUCAAGUUAAAAUUAGCUGCUGCUGAGGAAGCUCUGUCACUCUCCAUAUGGUCAACAGCUACGAUAUGUAGAGUUCUUUCUCUAGAAAGCGUUUUGGCCCUGGUCACUGGUAUCUUAUUGGAGAAACAAGUGGUUGUGUUGUGUCCAAAUCUGGGUGUUCUAUCGGCUGUGGUGUUGUCUCUUAUCCCUAUUAUACGUCCUUUUGAAUGGCAGAGUUUAUUUCUUCCAAUUCUGCCAGGGAAGAUGCUAGAUUUUCUUGAUGCUCCUGUACCUUACAUUGUUGGAGUACAGCAUAAACUAGCUGACCAUCAGAUGAAGACCUCUAAUUUGGUUCAAGUUAAUGUAAUCAAAGACAAGGUCAAAACUUGUAAUCUGCCUCAACUACCUCAACGCAGAGAGCUUAUUUCAGAGCUUAGGCCUAUCCAUGCUGCAUUAUCAUGCAAAGGCUCCAACUCCCAGAGGUAUCCGGUAUAUAAAUGCAAUGAAGCACAGGCUGAAGCUGCCUCACAAUUUUUAAUUGUCAUGCGCCAGUACUUGGAAUCACUUUGUUCAGAUUUGAGGUCACACACAAUUACAAGUGUGCAAUCCAAUAAUGACAGGGUUUCUAUACUUCUCAAGGAUAGCUUCAUUGAUUCCUUUCCGGCUGAGGACCAGCCUUUUGUUAAGUUGUUGGUGGAAACACAACUAUUUACUGUUCUGUCAGAUUCUCGCCUUUCAAGCUAUGAGAAUGAACACUAUUGAAGACCUUGUGAGCCCACCGUAGCGCAGAAAAGCCAGAAUGUAUCAACAGAUAGAGAGGCUAUAGUUUACAGCUUAAAAAUGGUCAAGAGCAGCUUAAAAAUGGUCAAGAGCAACAGUUCCAAUACAUCCAACAAAUGUACUCUGAGCAAUCCCACAACACCAAUAGGUUUGCCAAACAAAACAUCAUGUCCAUUGUUCGGGCGCUUUACUGGUUAUUACAAAAUCUGUUGUAGGACAUUGUCAAAACUUGAUUUCUUUUUAUUGAUUGUAAAUGUUUAUAGUUGUCGAGCUUGCAUUUUGAUCAAAACAGUAAGCAUACAUUAAUUGUUUACAAGAUAUGGAAAGCAUCUGAGGUAACUAAA